AUGGUGACCACUCGAUCGAGGUCGAAAAAUAAUCGAGCCACCGACAAGGAUCGUUCCAAAGAGAGGUAUGCAUAUCGUCCUCGAUCAACAUUCGAAGAAUCCGACGCUCUCGUCGGAUGCAAAACCAUCGAUCAUUACCUGCAAUACGAUUGCCUUUUGACACGAGAAGAACUGCAACGACUCGAUGAGCACGUCUAUUCAGCAGUCGACACCUCCUGGCUCGAUGAGCUCUGUAUGAAGAAGUUCUGGGAGGCCGUCGUCAUCUAUUACCCACUCUGGGUAGCACCCAACCUUUUGACCCUAAUCGGACUCAUUGUGAAUUUAACAACGGUGUUGGUCCUCUCAUUCUACUGUCCAACAGCUACUGAAACCGCACCGUCGUGGACAUAUUUUCUGGCUGCCGCCGGACUUUUUGCGUAUCAAACAUUGGAUGCGACCGAUGGAAAACAAGCGAGACGUAUUGGAGCAUCGAGUCCGCUAGGAGAACUGUUCGACCACGGAUGUGAUUCUGCGUCUCAGGUCUUUGUCACUCUGAAUGUGUGCUACGCUUUGCAACUCGGAACUGUUCGAUGUGGUGUCUUCAUCGCCUGCCUAAUCUCUGUGUCCCUCUUCUACACAGCGCACUGGAGCACUUAUUGUACUGGACAACUAAGAUUUGCUCGGUUCGAUGUCACUGAAGCCCAAUGGUCGAUUAUCUCUAUGUUGCUGUGCACUGCAGUCUUCGGACCGGGAAUCUGGAGUAUUGGAGUCUUCGGUUACUCUCUUAAACAUCUUCUCUUGGCCGCUGUUGCCCUUGGAACUAUCUAUCAAGCUCUUGGAUAUCUCGCCGUGAUUUUCACAGAGGGAGUUGGAAAGAAUGGUUCUACAGUUGCGGGAACCUCAGUGCUUUUCCCGAUUUGUCCACUUCUCGCAGUUAUUGUUCCGUAUUGUAUGAUCUAUAGCAAGUCAGCAUCCAGUGUUUACGAUGAUCUCAUUGUGAUCUUCGUUCUUCAAUUCGGCGCAGUUGCUGCUAAAGCCACGAAUCGUUUGAUCGUCGCCCACAUGAGCCGAAGUGAGCUGUCUCUCUGGGACUGGAUCUACAUGGGACCGAUCGCGCUGAUGAUUAACCAAUACUACGACAUCAAGAUCGACGAGCCACGUCUUCUGAAAUACACAACAGUUUAUGUUUAUCUCUCGCUUCUUGUAUAUUGCUUAUUCAUCACCCGACAAAUUUGCGAUCAUAUGGGGAUCUACUGUUUCAAAGUCACUACUCCGCAGCGGGCUGCGAAUAAGUAA